AUGUUGUUCACCCAGCUCCUCACCGCAGCCGUUCUCGCGGUCACCGGUAUCGCAACUCCAAUCGGCCCUUCCAAUGGCAAAAACACAACGUACAUCGGACCUGAGAAUGGACAUCUCGUAAUCGUCGGCGGCAACUUGAAGAGCGAUAGGAUCUGGGAGCGCAUAAUUACACUCGCCGGCGGCCCAAAUUCAUCCAUUGUAGUCGUACCAACCGCAGGAGGUGACCCAACCUACAACUCCAGCUUCCCAGCCGCUCUCUCUCUCCAACGCCUCGGAGCAAAAGUAACAGUCCUACAUACCUACGACCCCGCGGUCGCCGACACGGAUGAGUUCAUCGCCGGCCCCUCGCAACCGCAACUGGCAUCUUCUUCGGCGGGCGGCAGACAGUGGCGCCUCGUCGACGCCUACGCCGGCACAAAAAGCCGAAUCCGCAUUUCAAUCCGCUCCAGCGCGGGUGCCAGCAUUAUUGGCAGUUUCCUGGCCCGUGGCGACACGCGCAACAAUACCAUCAUGAUUGGCGACCACACCGUUGGCUUCGGAUAUCUCAAGAAUGCCGCGAUUGACCAGCACGUGUUGGUGCGCAACAGGCACUUUGACAUGUUUGAGAUCCUGAAUGCGAACCCGGAGUUGUGGGGCGUGGCAAUUGAUGAAGACACUGCAUUGAUUGUGCGCCAGAACGAGGCGGAGGUGUUCGGUAACACGUAUGCACUUGUCUAUGAUGGGGGCUUUUGGUCGAGAGAAGGGACGUCGUUUAACAAUGUCCCGCCGCCGAAUGCGAGAUUUUACUUUCUGAAGGAGGGUGACAAGUAUGAUCUUGUAAAGAGGGAGGUUAUCGUGCCAGCAGCAAAGAGAGAUGUCGACGAGGAGUGGUGA